AUGUCUAAAAAAUCUAAUGACUCAAAGACUAAAACCUAUUUAGAAUAUUUUAAUAAUUCUGAUCUUGCAACAAAGGAUAUAAAUGAAGUAACCACACUAUUAUUAGACUCUCAUAAAACUUUUAAUGGAAGACAAUUUAUAAAUGAUGAUGAAUUAAAAUAUGUAUUACCAUCAGAUAAAAAAGAGAUUGAAAGAUCGACUCUAGCGCAUUUAUUAAACAGGCAUCGGUGGAAAGGAAAUUUUAGUUCACCAAUUAAAGAAAAGUUAGAUAUGUGUGGUGCUACUAUACUUGACGUUGGAUGUGGUCCGGGUCUUCGGGUGAUAGACAUGGGAUUAGAAUAUCCAUAUUCCUCAAUUAUAGGGCUUGAUAUUGAUUCCUCUGCUUUUCCUCCAAGAGGUCAAUAUCCAUCAAACGUUUGUUUUCUUACAAGCAAUGCUACUCAUGGUGUUCCAUUUCCUCCAAAUACUUUUGAUUUUAUUCAUAUGAGCAUGAUGUGGGGCGCAUUUAAUGAAACUCAAUGGAUUUCAAUAAUCAAGGAUCUUGUUAGAGUUUUAAAACAUGAUGGUUGGAUUGAAUUUACUGAACCAGACGUGACUCCUAAAAAUCCUGGAAAGAUCCAACUAUUAAUUCAUGAGUAUUCUCGUAAAGCAUGUCGAGAGUUAAAGGGCGUUAAUAUUGCAAUUUAUGAAAUGAUACCAAAAUAUCUUAAGGCAAUGGAUGAGCUUGAAAACAUAAAUUGUAUUACUAUUGAUUAUCCAAUAGGUGAAUGGUAUGGAUGUUUUGGCAAAUAUGCAGCGGAAAAUAUUAAACGUGUAUAUCAAAGUUUUGUUUUCCUUCCAAAAUACAUGGGAAUAUCUAAUGAGGAAUAUAUUGAUCUUUUAAAUGACUUUGUUAAAGAAGCAAAUGAAUAUAAAAGUUAUCAUUUCGUUUGUAGAUAUUUUGCUAGAAAAAAGAGUUCAAAUUAUUAA